AUGGCGCAAUGGUGGGACGAGUGGCAGCUUCGCAUCCUCGUCCUAGCCAGCCUCAUCGUCCAAUUCUGCCUCGUAUUUUCUGGUCGAAAUCGGUUAGAGCAUCUCCGGGCAUGGUACAGAGUCUGGCUCCGGCUAGCGCACAUCGGCUGCGAUCCUCUGGCCCUCUUCACCCUCGCCACGCUCUUCAACCGCCAAAAGGAUGGGCCGCGCUGUAGCUACGCGCGUGGCAGCCGCGACUUGGAGCUGCUAUGGGCGCCCAUCCUUCUGAUGCACCUCGGCGGACAAGUCGUCAUAACCACCUACAAGAUAGAAGACAACGAGAAGUGGAGCCGGCACAUCCUAACUUCUCUAUCCAAGGUCACGGCUGCACUCUACGUGUUUUACAAGUCAUGGUCGGCGGAUGACAAAAGGUUGUUGGCUGCAACAAUUUUGCUUUUCAUCCUGGUGAUUCUCAAAUGCUUCCAAAAGGCCCUCAAUCUUAGGGGCAGUAGCUUUAGUGCCCUACGAAAGGCCAGCUCGUCUGAGGUCGUCCAAGCGACCGGCCUGAGAAAAGAACGGCUUAAAGAAUACGUAGAAAAGGCAAAAGAAGUCCUGCUGGAUUGUGGUGGACGCGAUGAAAAAACAUACUCCUCCAACCUCCCAAGCCUACCGGACCAGAUAUUUUUGGACUUUCCACGUCCAUAUUCUGAACGUGCUGAAACACUGAAGAAAUUCUGGGUUCUUAACCCCAUAUCAGCUUGUCAAGCAAUAGAAGGAACGCUGUCUGCUAUGACCAGUUUUCUUUACACCAAAAAUGUUGACACCAAACAAAAUGUUGACACCAAACACCAUUUUCCUCUCAUGGACAAGCCAACACUUUCCGGUCGGGUUCUUUUUCUUUUGAAGUACAAACUUUGUUAUUUUUACUUAUACAUUAGCCGGAAAUUGGAGCGCCUACUUCGCCGUGGAUUUAUACAAGGAUUGCCAGUUUAUGCAACAUUAAUCACAGUCAUCUGCCUCGUACACACUCGUAGCCAGAAACAAGCUUAUAGCGGUGCAGAUAGCAAGAUAACACUUGUGCUGUUGUACUUCACUCUUCUGAUGGAGCUGGUUCUGGUCAUAUCAAGUGACGGGGACAGCUUCCACACCAGAAUUCUCCAACAUAAUCUUAUUGGAUUAUUAGCCCACAACAAAUGGCACUACACGUCGAGGAGGAUCGCGGGAUGGUUACACUGCAAGGACUUCCUCAACUUGUUUUGGCACAUGGGGCCUGUGUAUUCAUGUGUGGAGAUUACAGAAUUGGCCCGUCAGCACAUUGAAUCAGGGUGGAAUGGCUACAUACAGGACACUGAGACUUACAGGUGGUUUACUGAUACCAGGGGUGAAAGGACGCUCGCGAGUAAGGGAUGUCCCGGGGAACUGGGUCGGAGCAUAAAGAGGCCAUUUGACGAGACCAUUGUUCUGUGGCAUCUCGCCACAGAUUUAUGCUUUCACCAUAAGGCCACUUCUCCUGGACCUGGUGAUGAUCGUGAAUGCCCCCGCCAGUGCAAAGAAAUGUCCAACUACAUGAUGCAUCUGUUGUUCGCUAAUCCUAAGAUGCUAAUGCCAGGCAGCAGAAAGGGCUUGUUCGCGACGGCUUACAGCGAGCUCGAGGAAAUCCUCAAGACUGAAGAGACACCACGGGGCGAGAGGGAGUUUACACAGAAGGUAAUUGAGAUAUGCGACGCCCAUCGUUUUCCCGACACUUUUAUUGGCGAUGCUUGGGUGCUUGCUAAAAGCUUGUUAGGCUAUGAGCUUGAUGAUCCCACCAGAAAGUGGGAGGUGAUCAAAGGUGUGUGGAUGGAGAUGCUCUGCUUUUCUGCUAGCCGAUGCCAAGGAUACUGGCACGCGGAGACUUUGGGAACGGGUGUGGAGUUCCUCUCCUAUGUCUGGGUCCUGUUGCAAUACUCUGGGAUGGAGACAUUUUCGGAAAAGCUUCAGAAGAGAGAAGGCAUGCCAUUUGAUAGCGAUGAGUCUUUGGUUUAG